AUGCCAUCAGGACCCUUGUCGGCAUCACCGCAACCCCGCGCGACUGGUGCUGUUUCGACUCCGAAGCGUAAAACCAAAUUGCGGGAAGACAAAGAGAACGCCGAAACCAUCGUAGGAGACGAUUAUUUGCCUCCUGAUGACCUAGAUGAUGCGAAAACGACGAUAAACGAUCCUGUAGGGGGAAAAGUGUUCCCAUCGACUCCCGGCGUUCGUAUCGAGCUGGAAGACCUCAUUGGAAAUACUGAAGAUGCGUUCAAUUGUCCUCCGCCGCUAGGCACGCCCGGAGAUCAUGUCCAUUGGCAGAACGGUCCAACGAGCUCAGAUGUGUCUGCAUCGAUUGCUCAGCCAACGCAACGAAGUCGAAAGCGAGCUCGCAGCUCCUCGCCGGCGUCUUCCCAACUCGAACGCUCGGUGCAUUUCGACGGCCCAGUAGUUGCAGCAGACACGAACAGGCCGCACAAAGUCUUGAGGACACCGAACAAUGACCCUACUCAAGAGCUGUGGAAGCGGUACAUGAAUGCAAAUGGCUCAAGAAAUGCAGAUGGCGACGCCCUGCCUUCCUUUGUGCAGCUGCCACCAUCAUCGCCUAUGACUCCUAGCACAGGCAGCAAGGAUAGUGGGCUGAGAAGGACCGUAAGCUGCGGCGUUGAAUGGCCUGCAUCGAAGCCAAAGAGACGCAGAGUCGAGGUUGGCGAUUCACAUGGUCGCACAAAGGACAUUUUUGCGGCUUCGCGAAGGGAAAUUCUGGCGAGGGACAUGCCCAAGAACUCGCGAGUUACUAUACUAGUGGAGAAGAUACAAGAAAGCCUCGCCAGGCAGGCUCGUACCGACGACGAGCCGUCAAGUUCUUCUCCGCUCCCAGAGAAACAUUCCCAAAUGCCGCCCUCCCAAGUAUCGCCCACGCGCUCACCCUCGAAACUCAGAAGCCACUUGCAACAGACUGCAGAACACGGAGAUCCUGACGCACCGGAUCCGGAACUUGGACACACGGACGGAGCCGUAGCAGAUGACUUCGACGACGAUGACCUAGAUCUGGACUUUUUCGAGGAGAUAGAGAAGGGCUUUUCUCAAGUAUCCGUAUCGCGGAGGGUGUCUGCCUCUAUCAACAACUUUGAUGGCCCUCAAGACAUCCACCAAAGGCCACUGUCACAAGCAGCUACCCGGCUACCUGGAGUCCAACCCAACAAACAUCCUGCUCAGCAGCCGUCUUCGCAGGUUUUCGAGGACAAUUUUGAUGUAUUUGACGAAGAUGAUGACACUUUUACCAACGAGAUGGAAAAUCUCGUGGCCAAGAUUGACUCUCAAGGAAAGAGCAUUCCGCAUGAGCCAGCCCAACCACCCACAGAGAUCUCGGACGAGCUCCCUACCAUUGACGGGUUGGAUGGCGUUUUCGAUGACGGUGAUGAUGACGAUGACAACCUCCUGCUCCAAAUAGCAGACGAUUUGGAUCAUGCAAACCCCACGGCAGGUACGGCUAGCCAAAAAUUCAAUGCAAGAGCUAUCAAGCGAUACCUCAUCGUGGACGUUUUCCUUCGCCAAUAUGAAACGGCUAAUGGCAAGAUGCGACCAGAGAAGAUGCUCUCAGUCACGGAUGAGCGAACGCAAAACAUGUACAUCAUCAUGUUACGCCAGUCCUGGUACGAUACUAGAUGCACCAAGGGCUCUUAUGCUCACAUCAUUGGCGAAUUUGAUCGUUUUGGGCAGUGUAUCGUUGACGAUGCCGACAACAUGAUCAUCCUGCACCCUGACCAUCUCAUAUCGGCGACUGUGGUAGGAGACUCUUUCACAUGUACUCGUCGUGCAGCAUUGCAAGAUCGAGUCAAGGCCACCAGCCGAGCUACACCACCACAAGUAUAUGGCCACAUAAUCCACGAGAUGUUCGGAGAAGCACUGCGCCUGAAUCUCUGGAGCAGAGAAAGUUUCGAUCAAAUCAUCCAGAAGCUGUUGCCUACCUAUCUUGAGGCAUUGUACGAGAUUGGUGUGACCGUCGCUAACGCCCGGGAGUACUUACUGGGAAAGACCCCAGAACUCAUUGGCUGGGCGAACGUAUUUAUUGGUGAUGCUCCGGUAUCAGAUGCCGCGAUUAGGGAUCGCAAUGGUGGGCUUGUGCCAACAGCCAUCAACAAGCUUCUGGAGAUCGAGGAACAUGUAUGGUCGCCCAUGCAUGGCCUGAAGGGCAACAUUGACGCUACAGUGCAAGCUACGAUGCAGAUUCCGGGCGUCAGAGCGCCCAAGACUCUUGUCGUACCGCUUGAGCUCAAGACGGGCAAAAAGGACAAUGUUGAGACGCAUCGAGCCCAGACAGCCCUCUACACCCUCCUUCUCUCGGAUCGAUACGAUGUCAAUGUCACCUGCGGAGUAUUAUACUACAUGGAGACAUCGAAGACUUUUAGAGUGGAAAGUGUACGCAACGAGAUUAGGCACAUGAUCAUCGAGCGCAAUGAGCUUGCUUGCUACGUUCAUGACAAGCUCGACCUGCCCCCUAUGCUCAAGAAGCCUUACCUUUGCAAGGCUUGCUAUUCGAAGACCGAGUGCUUUACCUACCACAAGCUGAUUGAUGGUGGAGAUGCUGAGAGCAGCGGUCUCGGAGAGACAUUUACGGAAAUGGUUGCUCAUCUGAAGCCGUCCCACUCCGAUUUCUUUCGCAAGUGGGACGACCUACUCACGAAGGAGGAGCGAGACACCAUGAGGUUCAGACGAGAGCUCUGGACUAUGCUCAGUACUGAACGUCAAGCUCUCGGCCGAUGCUUCGCCAAUGUUGUCAUUGAGCCCGGAUCUGCCCGAGAGAACAAGGAAAGUUCGAAGAUCAACCGUUUCGAGUAUACUUUCGUCAAGCAUAAGCAGGAGCCAGCCUUCUCUUUCACAGAAUCUCAAAUCAACAUUGGGGAACCAAUCGUUAUCUCGGAUGAGAAAGGCCACUUCAAUCUCGCCAGCGGCUACAUCACCAAUGUCAAACCGAAGCGUGUCGUCGUGGCGGUGGAUCGCAGAUUGCAAAAUGCGCACUGUAAAGAGCGUGAUUUUGAUGCUGAGACAAAUCAGGCAUUCACAGGACUAAUGGAAACAAGGCUGGACGGUACACCACUGACGCAAGAUGGCAAUCACAAGUCGACACGGCUGUACCGCAUUGACAAAGACGAGUUCGCCAACGGCAUGGCUACUGCUCGCAACAACCUGAUUCGCAUAAUGGAGAAGGAUCUUUUCAAAGCACGUGAGCUGAGACAACUCAUCGUUGACAAUGUAUCACCGGCUUUCCGGGCAUCAACGCCGAAAUAUUCCAUUGGGGGUCCAGCAUCACAACAGCAUCUCAAUAUGGACCAGAAGCAUGCCAUCGAGAAGGUGCUCAGUGCAAAAGACUAUGCACUCGUACUAGGUAUGCCAGGUACCGGCAAAACCACCACAAUUGCCCACAUUAUCCGAGCCUUGGUCUCGCAAGGAAAGUCCGUCCUCCUGGCGUCAUAUACUCAUACAGCGGUUGACAAUAUCCUCCUGAAAAUAAAAGACGACAGGAUUCCGAUCUUGCGCAUUGGAGCAGUCAGCAAGAUCCAUCCCGAAGUCAAGGAAUUCGCGGAUUUGACAGGAUUACCGAAGAAGACUAUUGAGGAGUUGCACAGCUCAUGGCACGACAGUAAAGUCGUGGCUACUACAUGCUUGGGCAUCAACCAUGGCCUCUUCAAUGCUCGCACAUUCGACUACUGCAUAGUCGACGAAGCGUCCCAGAUCACGCUACCAGUAUGUCUCGGACCGAUCCGACAUGCUCAGACUUUCAUCCUGGUAGGAGAUCACUACCAACUCCCGCCUCUAGUUCAGAACAAAGCUGCACAGGAGGGCGGUCUGAACGUCAGUCUCUUCAAGCUCCUGUCUGACGCUCAUCCGACCUCUGUCGUCAAUCUCGAACACCAAUACCGCAUGGCAGAAGAUAUCCAGCUUCUAUCUUCCCGACUGGUCUACAGCGACCGCCUGAAAUGUGGCACUGCCAACGUCGCCUCCAGAGUCCUUCACAUACCCGAUCUUGAAGGCGGACUGUCCGCCUAUCACCACGGUAAUGUGGAAACCCUCGUUCGCUCGCCUACAGCCCAGUCAAUCUGCACUAGCGGUCCGUCAUGUUUCCUGCGCCAUGCCCUCAGCCCAGCCAACCGCUGCGUAUUCCUCAACACGGACACUCUGACGCCUGCUAACACGGGUCAUGAGACCGCCGCCGGCGCACGUAUUACCAACAGCGCCGAGUCGUCACUCAUUUCUCAACUCGUCACUGUGCUCAUCCGGUCUGGCGUCUCACCAUCCAGCAUCGGCGUUAUCACCUUCUACCGCUCGCAACUCGCCCUGCUGAAACGCGAUAUCAAGGCACAUGCCGGCAGCGCCGCCGCCAGCGAUGUUGAAAUGCACACUGCCGACAAAUAUCAGGGCCGCGAUAAGGAGGUCGUGCUACUCAGUUGCGUGCGCAGCAAUAAUGAGGGCAAGGUUGGGGAACUGCUGAGGGAUUGGCGGAGAGUCAAUGUCGCUGUGACGAGAGCAAGAAGCAAGCUUGUUCUUGUGGGCAGUAAGAGCACGCUGCAGAAGAGCGAGGUGGCAAUCCUUACCGGAGUAGUUCGCAUCAUGAGCGAGAAGGGCUGGAUCAAGGAGCUCGAAGGGAGCGUUGAGGCAUCCCACGUGUUCCCUGUUCUGCCCACACAGACGCAGACGCCUAGGAGGCUUAGGGAUGGGCCACAAGUGAUGACCCGGCCGCGGAAUGGGGAUAUCUUGCCAUUGAAGGUGUGCAGGGCGACCGGCAACGUCAGCCCAUCCAAGAAGAGUGCAGUGCCAGGUGGGGCGUUCAAGCAGCCGAAGAGGGUGGUGGAUGGAAAGACCACGAGGGUGCAAAUGAUCGUGGAGAAGAGUGCAGUGCUCAAAAAUGUUCUGAUGGAAGAGGUUGGCGCAGGGCAGGAGAACACUGGCGUGGCCUUUGGAGGCGUGAUCAACAGCAGCCCCUUUCUGGAGGAUUUUGAUAUGGAUAUUGAUGACGGGACGCUCUGA